AUGGCUGCUAGAAUCGGUAUUGUGGGUGCGAAAAUGGGUUUGGGAGGGAGUGCUGGAAUGAGGGGUUGGAGGUGCGGACAUGGUUUGAGGAUUAGGUUGAGGGGUGAGAUGAGGGUGAGAAGUUUGGGAUGCGGAGGGGGAGUUGGAAUUGGAAUUGGAGGCAGGAUUGGAGUUGGGUUUAGAGGCCUGUUGCACAUUCAAAGGAGAGGUCUUCUGACGGAAAGUUAUAGUGUUGGACCUACGGAGCCGCCACUCCUUCAGCAUACUAUUCCGCAGCAUUUUCGCAGUAUCGUCGACACGCACGGCUCCAACUUUGCGCUCAUAUCUCGAUCCCAAAAUACAAAACUUACAUAUCGAGAAUUGGAUGAGAAGAGUAAUGUGAUAGCACAUGGCUUGAGAACUCUGGGGGUUAAGAAGGGAGAUAGAGUGGCCGUUAGUCUGGGGAAUGGAUGGGAGUUUGGGGCAAUCACUUAUGCGGUUUGGAAAUUAGGAGCUGUGUUGGUACCUUUGAAUCCAGCAUUCAACACGAAACAAGUCGUCUCAGCAUUAAACCAUUUGAAGGCUUCACACCUGAUCAUUGGCCAUGAGACACCUUUACCAUUUAAACCACCCAGGGACAACACACCUUUACUGAAAGAUAUCAUUGGGGAUCUCGAGCAACCCUCACAUGUUUUGAAAAGCGAAGCUGUACCAAGUUUACAGGGUGUUGUUCUAGUGAACAAUUCAACUGAUAAUCCUGCAAGUUUCCCAGCUACUACAGAUUUCAAAGCUAUCAUGUCGAUGUUUGAAUCGGAGAAAGAAAAGGAAGUUAUUCCCGAUGAAAUUUUACAUAAAGAUGAUGUGAUUAAUAUUCAAUUCACAUCAGGCACAACUUCAACCCCUAAAGCAGCUUGUUUAACCCAUCAUUCAAUACUCAACAAUGGCUAUUUUAUUGGCUCUCGUAUGGCUCUUACAGAAUCCGAUAUAGUCUGUUGUCCGCCUCCCUUAUUUCACUGUUUUGGUUCUGUACUCGGUUACAUGGCGACGGCAACUCGUGGCAGUACAAUAUUAUUUCCCUCCCCCGCCUUCGACCCUUCGGCCACUCUUCUAAGUAUUCAAGAAAACAAAGCCACAGCUCUCUAUGGAGUCGCGACCAUGUUUCUAGCCGAACUCGAACUUCUCUCUAAUGGUACCAUUCCUCACACCGGUUUCGAGCAUCUACGCACAGGUACUGCAUCCGGUUCCUCUGUCCCUAAAACAUUGAUGGAAAAACUUCAUAAACAGUUAAAUCUUACUGGUUUGACAAUUUGUUAUGGAAUGACGGAAACAAGCCCUGUCUCCUGUAUGACUACUCCCGUUGAUCCGAUGGAAAAGCGACUUGAUAGCGUGGGAAGGGUAUUACCUCAUGUAUCCGUUAAAAUCAUCUCGCCAUCUGAUCCUAAUAAGAUUUUGGAAAUAGGUAAACGAGGUGAAUUGGUCGUCUCGGGAUAUUUGGUCAUGAAAGAAUAUUAUGCAGAUCCAAUUCGUACUAAAGAAGCAUUAAUCCCAGACAGUAAUGGGAAGAUUUGGAUGAAGACAGGUGAUGAAGCGAGUAUGGAUGAAGAAGGAUAUGUGAAGAUUACAGGGAGAAUUAAAGAUUUGAUUAUACGUGGAGGAGAAAAUAUACAUCCAUUAGAGAUUGAAGACUGUAUCUUUGGCAUGGAAGAUGUGAGGGAGGUUAGUGUUGUAGGUGUUCCGGAUGACAAAUAUGGAGAAGUGGUUUGUGCAUGGAUUGUGACUAGGAAGGGAGUGAGUCGAGGGCCAGAUGAUGCGGGAGUGGGUAAUGAUCUCAUGAGUUGGGGAGAAUAUGAGAAAUGUAUAGCCAAGGGGAAUAACAUCAAGGAUUCUAAGAGUUCUGCAGUAGAAGCAGAAAUCAAGGAUGAGACGGGACUGGACGGCAAGAUUAGACCAAUUCUCACGAAAGAAGCAAUUCAGCAUCAUGUGAGGACGCGUCUUAGUGGACAUUUGGUUCCGAAUGGGAAGAUUCAGAAGUUUAAAUUGAGUGCGGUGGGGUUAGGUGGGGUGGGGUUAGAUGAGUGUGGAUUUGAUGGGGGCGUGUUUAUGGGUGGAAGUGAGGGGGUAGGGGGGAAUGAGGUUGUUGGGGGGGAUUAUUUUGGUUGUGAUAAGAUCGGAAAAAGUAGAAAGAAGGGUGGAGAGAAUUUAGGGAUUUUGAGGAAGGAUUUUAGGGAGGGAAAGAAGGGCAGAGGAGAUGGAAGAUGGAAGGGACUGAGAUGUGCUGAAGACAUGCAGAGACACACACACACACAGAGAAAGAUAGAAUGA